AUGUCAGCCCUGGCCGAGGCCGAAGUGUCAGCCCUGCCUGCACCAGAAGUGCCAGCCGUGCCUGCACCAGAAGGGGCAGCACUGGCUGAGGCAGAAGGGGCAGCACUGGCUGAGACAGAAGGGCCAGGCCUGGCUGAGGCAGACAUGUCAGCCCUGGCUGAAGCCGAAGUGCCAGCCCUGGCUGCACCAGAAGUGCCAGCACUGGCUGAGGCUGAAGGGCCAGGCCUGGCUGAGGCAGAAGGGCCAGGCUUGGUCCUGGCAGACAUCUCAGCCCUGGCUGAGGCUGAAGUGCCAGGUCUGGCUGAGGCAGAAGGGCCAGCACUGGCCAAGGCAGAAGGGCCAGCACUGGCUGAGGCCAAAGGGCCAGCACUGGCUGAGACAGAAGGACCAGGCCUGGCCCUGGCAGACAUGUCAGCCCUAGCCGAGGCCGAAGUGCCAGCCCUGGCUGCAUCAGAAGUGCCAGGUCUGGCCGAGGCAGAAGGGCCAGGCCUGGCCCUGGCAGACAUGUCAGCCCUGGCCGAGGGUGAAGUGCCAGCCCUGGCUGCACCAGAAGUGCCAGGUCUGGCUGAGGCAGAAGGGCCAGCACUGGCCAAGGCAGAAGGGCCAGCACUGGCUGAGGCAGAAGGGCCAGCACUGGCUGAGGCAGAAGGGCCAGCACUGGCUGAGACAGAAGGACCAGGCCUGGCCCUGGCAGACAUGUCAGCCCUAGCCGAGGCCGAAGUGCCAGCCCUGGCUGCAUCAGAAGUGCCAGGUCUGGCCGAGGCAGAAGGGCCAGGCCUGGCCCUGGCAGACAUGUCAGCCCUGGCCGAGGCCGAAGUGCCAGCCCUGGCUGCAUCAGAAGUGCCAGGUCUGGCCAAGGCAGAAGGGCCAGCACUGGCUGAGAUAGAAGGGCCAGGCCUGGCUGAGGCAGAAGGGCCAGGCCUGGCUGAGGCAGAAGGGCCAGGCUUGGUCCUGGCAGACAUCUCAUCCCUGGCUGAGGCCAAACUGCCAGCCCUGGCUGCACCAGAAGUGCCAGGUUUGGCUGAGGCAGAAGGGCCAGAACUGGCCGAGGCAGAAGGGUCAGGCCUGGCAGAGGCAUAA